GACGCAACGUUGCCAACAACAAACGGUGCUGACGCUUCUUCACUACAGACACACUGAGAGGGAAUAUACCAAACACCAACAGGGACUGUACUGUCACACUCUUUCUCACGGGGAUCAAUCUUUGCAACCUGAAAACAUGAUUCCAGAGGAAAGCUUCGGCUCCAUCGAGAACAGGAUGCAGUCUGCAGGUCUGGCCCUGGAGGAGUUGCUGGUGACAGCUCAGAAACAAGACUGCCUGACCGUUGGCAUUUAUGAAUCAGCCAAACUUCUUAAUGCAGACCCAGACAGCGUGGUCCUGUGCGUCCUGGCAGCUGACGCUGUAGAGGACGCAGACGACGUGGCGCUGCAGAUCCACUUCACCCUGCUGCAGUCCUUCUGCUGCGACAGCGGCAUUACCAUCCUGCGAGUCUCCGGAGUCCAGCGGCUCCAGCAGCUGCUGGGUGCCGUGGAUGCCAACAGGAACCAGGAAGACCACGGAGACCUCCACUGCAUGCUGGUUACGAACCCCCAGGCUGACCACUGCAGACUACAAGAGGUGGGGACCUACUGCCAGGAGAGUCGACGCCUGGACCAGUGGGUGCCUGAACUGGUCCUGCAGGAGCGCUGAAGGGUCCGGCACUCACAUACACCAACAAACACAUGAGCUUUCUGGGUUCAGAUGCUGAUGAACUGCAGGGUCCGUUGUUGCUCGUGCAGGGAUGGCCUGGAGUGGACUGGAACGGGCUGUCCUGACUGAUGACAAACAGGAACCAAGGACUCCCUCUCAGUGAAACAGUCAGAGUGGAGACCAGUUUACAAAAUCUACUUUGUGCAGAAGAUACAGACAGAAAUAGCCAGGCCACAUUGUUUUUACAUUGUCAGUAAAACUAAAUCUACUUUUGUGCUUCUGUUUGACUACUACAAUGUGUACGGGGUGUGACAAUCAAUAACAGCGUCGAAAGAAACGUGUCCACACCCAAAUUACCUGGAAGACCUGUGUGUUUGACAGGACAGGAAUGCUGUAAUGAAACUAUGCCCAACAUUCCUCUGCAUUCCGACAUGGGAGAGUCCUUGGAGAGGAGGCGUGUGAAUGUGUGGUAUGCGUGUACAAUACUCGUGUCUUUCUUUAGAAAAGACUGGGCGGGCGAGCGUGUGCGUUCCGGAAACAAGCAGCUGAACCUGCGGAGGAAUCGUCGCCAUGGAAACUGAAAUGGAAAUGAUGUUGGAGUUGAAAGUCGUACAGGAUUUAUCGGCAUUUCAGGACCACAAAACAAAGUGGGCAAUGAAUGUUUUUGGCCAGAGGAGGAUACAAAAUAAGGAACUGAUGACUGUAAAUUCUCAUUGUGCUGCAAAAGAAACCACAGUCUAUAUCUUUGGUGCCUUCAGGAGUGCUGCUGUUUUUUUGUUUUUUUUUAUCAAAUGCUGUUAAAAUACUAUGAAACAGUGCUACACCAGUAAUUUAUUGAUUGUGUCCGUUGUUUGUGUAGCUAUUUAUGGCUGAAUUUUGUGCUAAUAAAUUAUUGUAUUCAUAA